AUGGAGUUCCAGUCUCUGGCAGCGGUCACAGAGAAGGCUCUGACUGAAGGCGCUCCGUCCCAGAGGAACCAGGCAGUCCCCUCGUGCUGCCCCUCUGGUUCCCCUCGUGCUGCCCCUCUGGUUCCCCUCUGGUUCCCCUCGCGCUGCCCCUCUGGUUCCCCUCUGGUUCCCCUCGCGCUGCCCCUCUGGUUACCCUCUGGUUCCCCUCGUGCUGCCCCUCUGGUUACCCUCUGGUUCCCCUCGUGCUGCCCCUCUGGUUCCCCUCGUGCUGCCCCUAUGGUUCCCCUCGUGCUGCCCCUCUGGUUACCCUCUGGUUCCCCUCGUGCUGCCCCUCUGGUUCCCCUCGUGCUGCUCCUCUGGUUCCCCUCUGGUUCCCCUCGCGCUGCCCCUCUGGUUACCCUCUGGUUCCCCUCGUGCUGCCCCUCUGGUUACCCUCUGGUUCCCCUCGUGCUGCCCCUCUGGUUCCCCUCGUGCUGCCCCUAUGGUUCCCCUCGUGCUGCCCCUCUGGUUACCCUCUGGUUCCCCUCGUGCUGCCCCUCUGGUUACCCUCUGGUUCCCCUCGUGCUGCCCCUCUGGUUCCCCUCUGGUUCCCCUCGUGCUGCCCCUCUGGUUCCCCUCUGGUUCCCCUCGUGCUGCCCCUCUGGUUCCCCUCUGGUUCCCCUCUGGCGUCUCAGAUUUGUGGCGUACAGAAGCAUCGUGAGCUGGUGCUGGGGACUGCUGGGAGCCAGAAUCAGGGUGGUCAUCCCUGCAUGUGCAGUGCUCAGGAUACGCCAGGAGUUCCCAGAUCCUGACGGCCAGUACGUUGGCUUUCUACCCUCUGGUCAGCCUCGGCUGCCCCUCGACUGA